UCACGGUGUCCUUCGUCGCACCAUCCCCCUGGUCGUCACGCGUCACGUUUCCGUCGUGUGUUGGCGUGUCGCCGAAAUUUGUUGGUCGUUUAUGAAGGCGAUGUCUUUUGCACCCUGUGCGGUGAUGGGGAAUGUCGCCGACGAUGACCGUUCGAAGCUGUCAACAACCGAAAGGGCAGCGGUUGCCGCAGCGGUUGCCGCGACCGUUACCGUUGUGCUUCUGCGCUGCCAGAUGGUACACAGUGCAGGAAGAUUGAAGACGCAGCUUCGCGCACGGAGGAUGAAGGUGAUGCAGCCACUGCCGGCUGCAGGGCUGGACACCGCUGCCAUCUGCGACGCCGUCUUCCAGGUGUGUUGCUCCAUGGGCUGUGGCGGUAUGCCUAGAACCACGCCCAGGUGGUGGGUGAAACGGAGGACGGGGGGGGCGUGGGAGGAUCUGCGGCCUGCCGACGACGCCACAGAAGAGUGCUUCUGCGAUAAGCUGCGUAUGUCGCCACGUGUCUUCCGCGAGAUUACGGAAAACCUGUCGCCAUUUCUGCAGCGCCGUGUGACGUUCUACAGGGAGCCAUUGCAGCCAGACCACAGCGUGGCGUACGCAUUGUACAGAUGGGCGUCCGGGGAGACGUACAAAAGCAGCACGUGCAACUUCGGCAUUGGCAGAGCUACGGGUGUGGUGGCGGUGUGGGACGUCACUGCGGCGCUGUUGGCGGUGUACCGGGAGAAGGUGUCGUGGCCGACUAGGGUGCGAAAGGCGGUCGUUCUGCGUGCUUUCACUAACAAGGGGUUCCCUAACUGCCACGGUUGUAUCGACUGCACGCAUAUCUACAUCAACAAGCCGGCAAACGGACCUGGUGAAGACUACUUCGACAGGAAACGACGUUUCUCAGUUGUCGCGCAAGUCCUUGUCGAUCUCGACUUACGUGUGCUUGACGUUUUCGUUGGAUAUCUGGGAAGCUGUCAUGACGUCAGGGUCAUUCACCUCUCUAGUCUUUGGGCGCGAGCGGAGGUCGGAGAGCUGUUCACGGGGCCGCCUGUGAUGCUUCCCUUCCAAGUGCAGACAAGUGGCUAUCUGCUAGGCGACUAUGGGUACCCGUCGUCGGAAUGGAUAGUCGUUCCCUAUGGCGAAACCAGUCAGCAUUCGUCCGAGUUGUGGUUCCACAACAAGCAGAAGACCGCAAGAGGGGCAGUGGAGAGGGCUUUCGGGAGGCUGAAGGGUAUGUGGAGGUUGUUCCUGCGAUCGCACAAGACGAAUAUGGAGACGUUGCCGCAGCAGUUCGUCGCCGUGUGCAUUUUGCACAACAUUCUCAUCGAUGUCGGCAUCCCCUUCGACGACAAUUUUCUUUGGGAGGUGGACACCAACGGAGUUCAGCGGCGGGUGGAUCUGGGGAUCCAACGCCCCUCGGGUCCGCCCGUGUGCAUGGACAGUUCGACGCCGAAUUGGCGGGGGUGCGUUGAUUCUGAGGGAUGCGUUGGCGGAGCGGAUGAGUGCCCGUUGAUGAAGGCCGGCGGAAGAUGUCCACGUCGACCCGCAAGACAGGUGGACGACGCGAGUUAUGAGAGCGGGAGAGUGGGCAGUGGAGAGGAUUCGACUUCCGAGUGUUUUGUGCUGGCUUCGCUGUGUCGUCACGUUGAGUCUCAGAUGGAGUUUGCAGUUCUCCGUAGAUCAGUUGUCCGUUAAUUGAUGAUGAAUCGGUAGUUUUUCGAUUGUUCGUUAUCGAUGUAGACAUCAAUAUUGGUGAUGCUGCAGUCCUUGCCACUCUGGUUGGGGUGUUGACACGUGCAGUCGAUCUUUGGGCGCAAUUGCUUGAUGUUGUUCUUACAGUUCCGUCGGUGUUAUUAUGCAGACGCAGACAUGCGUUGGGGUUUUCUUUCCCCAUGGGUCUUCUUUUUUUGUAACUGGGUUUCACGCCCGCUUCUGUUGAGUCUAGAAUACGUUCGCGAUGGAUUUGUUGAUGUACUUUUUGGGAGGUGAUUCGUGAACAGUCGUCUUCUUCGCGAGUACGUGUGUGUCUUUGGUGUGCCUGUGUUUGACUUUCUUCCAAUGGUGUGCUUGCAAUCAUUGUAGGUGGAUGUGUGUGUUUGAUGGGUGCGCCUGUGUUUCGUUUCGUUCCGACAUACGGCAUGCAACCAUUCUGACAACAGGUUAUUAAUGAAUGACUACAUGUCUG